CUGCUAUUGCUGUUGUUGAGCUUGAGGGGGAAGAGAUUGGUAGAAAUUCUGGCUGGGUAAGGGGGGAGGAUUCUCGGCGACGAAAAGGGGGGGACUCAGAAGCCGGAGGAAAAAGCAGUAGUUUCCUACCUCCACAUCUCCUGUACCCCUCACUCUCCGCCGGUGACCUGGCGUGGAGACCCCAGGCGGCAGCAUCAAUAUUUGAACCGAUCUUCACUAGCGCACUGCCGACUCUCGCGCGAGGGGCUGUAGACAUCGCCCGCUCUGUGCUGCUGGGGAUUCGGCUUUGGAAGGACCGGCUCUGCGGUCGCCCCCUCUCCGGGCUGGCUCUGCCCUGGGGCCAGGGCGCGGCGCCCACCAUGCGCGACUGCCCGCGGCUCGCGCUGCUCUGCGCGCUGCCCUGGCUCCUGCGGGCGGCGGAGACCCGGGCGCAGCCCCUAGCGCCCCGCAAUGACCGCGGCGACCCUGCCAGGGGCGCUGAUUUUGAUCGCGUCUACAGCGGGGUGGUGAGCCUCAGCACCGAGAAUAUCUACUCCUUCAACUACACCAGCCAGCCCGGCCAGGUGACUGCCGUGAGGGUAUACGUGAACAGUUCCUCUGAGAAUCUCAACUACCCAGUCCUUGUUGUGGUUCGCCAACAGAAGGAGGUGCUGUCCUGGCAGGUCCCUCUGCUCUUCCAAGGACUAUACCAGAAGAGCUACAACUACCAGGAAGUGAGCCGCACCUUGUGUCCCUCAGAAGUGACCAACGAAACAGGCCCCCUGCAGCAGCUGAUAUUUGUGGAUGUAGCGUCCAUGGCACCACUGGGGGCCCAGUACAAACUGCUGGUUACCAAGCUCAAGCACUUCCAGCUCCGGACAAACGUUGCCUUUCACUUCACUGCCAGCCCUUCUCAACCUCAGUAUUUUCUAUACAAGUUUCCUGAAGAUGUGGACUCAGUUAUCAUUAAAGUAGUAUCUGAAAUGGCUUAUCCAUGUUCUGUUGUCUCAGUCCAGAAUAUCAUGUGCCCAGUUUAUGAUCUUGACCACAAUGUGGAAUUUAAUGGUGUCUAUCAGUCCAUGACCAAGAAGGCUGCCAUCACACUACAGAAGAAGGAUUUCCCAGGAGAGCAAUUCUUUGUGGUGUUUGUGAUAAAGCCUGAAGAUUAUGCCUGUGGAGGAUCUUUCUUCAUCCAGGCAAAGGAAAACCAAACCUGGAAUCUACAACGAACAAAAAACCUUCAAGUGACCAUUGUUCCUUCUAUUAAAGAAUUUGUUUACGUGAAAUCUAGCCUCUUCAGUGUCUUCAUCUUCCUCUCCUUCUACUUGGGAUAUCUACUUGUUGUGCUUGUUCAUUGUGUGAGGUUUCAGAGAAAAUCCAUAGAUGGAAGCUUUGGUUCCAAUGAUGGCUCAGGAAACAUGGUGGUGUCACAUCCCAUUGCUGCUAGCACACCUGAAGGGAGCAAUUAUGGGACAAUAGAUGAGUCAAGCUCCAGUCCUGGAAGGCAGAUGUCCUCCUCCGAUGGUGGGCUGCCCUGCCAGUCAGACACAGACAGCUCCGUGGAAGAGAGUGACUUUGACACCAUGCCAGACAUCGAGAGUGAUAAAAACAUCAUCCGGACCAAGAUGUUCCUUUACCUGUCAGAUCUGUCCAGGAAGGACCGGAGAAUUGUUAGCAAGAAAUAUAAGAUUUAUUUUUGGAACAUCAUCACCAUAGCUGUGUUCUAUGCCCUGCCCGUGAUCCAGCUGGUCAUCACCUACCAAACAGUGGUAAAUAUCACUGGCAACCAGGACAUCUGUUACUACAACUUCCUCUGUGCACACCCAUUGGGCGUCCUGAGCGCUUUCAACAACAUUCUCAGUAACCUGGGCCACGUGCUUCUGGGCUUCCUCUUCCUGCUGAUAGUCUUGCGCCGGGACAUCCUCCAUCGAAGAGCCCUGGAAGCCAAGGACAUCUUUGCUAUGGAGUAUGGAAUUCCCAAACACUUUGGUCUCUUCUAUGCUAUGGGCAUCGCAUUGAUGAUGGAAGGUGUUCUCAGUGCCUGUUACCAUGUCUGCCCUAAUUACUCCAACUUCCAGUUUGACACCUCCUUCAUGUACAUGAUCGCAGGCCUCUGCAUGCUGAAGCUCUAUCAGACCCGCCACCCGGACAUCAAUGCCAGCGCCUACUCUGCCUACGCCUCCUUUGCUGUGGUCAUCAUGCUCACUGUCCUGGGAGUGGUAUUUGGAAAAAAUGACGUGUGGUUCUGGAUCAUCUUCUCUGCAAUCCACAUUCUGGCCUCUCUGGCCCUCAGCACCCAGAUCUACUACAUGGGUCGUUUCAAGAUAGAUUUGGGAAUUUUCCGGCGGGCAGCUAUGGUGUUCUACACGGACUGUGUCCAGCAGUGUAGCCGGCCUCUGUACAUGGAUAGAAUGGUGUUGCUCAUCACGGGGAAUCUGGUUAACUGGUCCUUCGCCCUCUUCGGAUUGAUAUGCCGCCCCAGGGACUUCGCUUCCUACAUGCUGGGCAUCUUCAUCUGCAACCUGCUGCUGUACCUGGCCUUCUACAUCAUCAUGAAGCUUCGCAGCUCAGAGAAGGUCCUCCCGGUCCCGCUUUUCUGCAUUGUGGCCACCGCUGUGGUGUGGGCUGCUGCCUUGUAUUUUUUCUUCCAGAAUCUCAGCAGCUGGGAGGGCACGCCAGCUGAGUCCCGGGAGAAGAACCGAGAGUGUGUCCUGCUGGAAUUCUUUGAUGACCAUGACAUCUGGCACUUCCUCUCCGCGACUGCCCUGUUUUUCUCAUUCCUGGUUCUGUUAACUUUGGAUGAUGACCUGGAUGUGGUUCGGAGAGACCAGAUCCCUGUCUUCUGAGCCUCUGACUAAGAGGGGGAGAGGGAGCGAUCAAUCCUGGUGCUGUUCAAGAAAAAUACAGCGACCACAGCAAAGUAACCACUGCCAAAUGCUCAUUCACCCUCUGUAGGGUCAGCUCUGGAAGAAGAAGCUGGGGAAUCUAAACUUGCAAGAAGGAGGCCACAACCGUAGCUCUGUGAGUGGGGCAAGGACUGAAACACAUUUACACUGACUCACUAUCUGGGAGCCCUGCCACCCUCACCUAGACUGGCUGGCAAUGGCAGGAUUCCCCAGCUGGAAAUUUAGGC